GUUAGAAUCAUUCAUCGUGCGAACACCGUACGAGACGGUCAAUAGACUCUGUUCUGCGUGUCAAAAAAAAUUAUUUCUGUACCGUCGAUACGAAUUCACGUUACAUCGUCAAAUAAUCCGUUUAGAAAUUGGGAUAGUUUUCAACGGUAGAGUUACAAGAAAUUCAAUAUUUUUCGCAAACGGAAAACCAAAAAACAAAGUCAUCGAACCGAAGAAGGAGUUAAAAUUUUCAUCGGAUUCCAUUUUUUUCGGAGAGAAUUCAUAAUUUUAUUAGCUGAGAUUUACGAAUUUUACGUUUUAACAUUAAAUGUGUUUCAUUGUGCUGAAAUUAGAUUUUGCAAGGGAGAAACAACAACGGAAAAUUUGUUCUUGAUGUUGAAUGCUGGUUCCAUUCAAUUGAAACUGAACACUUGCGCAACAGUUUUCAUUACAUAUUGCUUGUCUCGUUAUCGAAGUUUAUGUUUGACAUCGUUUCGGUUGAAUUCGGUUUUGUGUUUGUGCCUUUAAAAUCUGUAGCCGAGACGAAGGAAAAUCAAAUAUCUGGGUGCAUAAAUAAAGUGUCAAUAAAACAACGGGUGACAACAUCUUAUUUGAGAUUGUGAUUAUCUGCCCAUUGGAAAUAAUUUCCUGUGAAAAAUCCGAAAAUUACGGAUUUGUUCAGAAAAAACAACAACAAAGAAACGUAAACAACAUACACAAACACACAUACACACACAGAGAGAGAGAGAGAUAGAGAGACGGGAGAGAGGAAAAGCGAGAAAAACCCAGCGAAAAUGUUGUGCUCAAUGAAAAGUGUAGUUGCUGUGCUGUUGGUCGGUUCAUUGAUGUUGGUGAAUCGUGUUGAAUGUGGAUCAUGUCGCGAAUCAACGUUGUGCUGCAAUGGUCGUGACUCAUCGUGCGUUGUGCAGAAAGCCCCCAUAAAUUCAAUUAUCGAAGAUCUGAAUGACAAGCCCUGUUAUUGUGAUCAUGCCUGUCUGAAACUUGGCGAUUGCUGCUCCGAUUUCAAGCAAUACUGUGGCGUAAUCGACUGUACGGUAAGCGAAUGGGGUGUUUGGAGUGAGUGUGAUGUUCCAUGCGGCACUGGUAUGAUGUCACGUACACGAUCAAUUCUAAAUGCACCAGAGAAUGGUGGCAAGCAUUGUCCGUCACUGGUACAAAAACGUGGUUGUCAAGGAUUCAAGUGCCAUGGUCAACGGGAUCGCCGCGUACUAAGAGAAAUGGCUUUGUUGCUACCGGCCGAACUAUCAAAGAGCCGACACGAGAACGAUACAGUCGACAUCAGGAGAAAUUUGCGGCUACGAUACAGAGACACAUUCAAACACAAUCGGGAUCAUGAGUACUGUGUCGAAUUUGAAGUAAUUAAAGCAGCAAAAGCAUGUCAUAAGCUUCCACCAUACAAUAAGUUGACCGAAGGUGACCGAGUUGUUAUUCGGUGCGACUUGGAGGCAUUGCAAAAAGAUACAGAGCCCGAAGAAAUCACCGACAACUCGUCCAUACAUGAAGAUUCGCCGAGUUUCCGUUGCCGUGGCGAAGGUCUACCCGGACGAAACACACGCUGGAGCGCUUUGGCUGCACCAUCAUGUCGUGGCAAAUGGCUACGCUUAACCGUCGGCCAACCCAAGAAAUGUACAGAUUCACAGUUCAUUUUUAUUUAAAAAAAAGAAGAAGAAGAAGAACAAGAAAUUUUAAAACUAACAAAAAAGUUUCAUUUGUUUUGUAAUGCUCGUGCAAAUGCAUACGAAAAAAAUAGAAGGAGAGUAAACAAACUUUUUGUGUUCGAACUUCGGAAUUUGAAGAACUAAUAAGAAAAUGGACGAAAUACAGAAAUAACAAUCUAGAGCCAUAGAUUAAUGCAAUAUGUUCCCCUCUUCCUGCUCAUCAUUCAAAAACAAUCGCUUCGAAAACGUACAGCUUUGUUUCAUCCAGUUUUUGUUCUUCCUUCGCCUUUCAAAGUCAUUACAAGUUCAGUUGUAGUUCAUUUUCAGUUAAAUCCAUCAAAAACGGUCACGAGCACAUUUGGUGCGAAGCCCUGUAAGCAUCAUAACAAACUUGCUAUAUUUCGAUCAUUUCAAAGCGAAUUUAAUUUAAGAAAAUAAAAAAAUAAUAAUUGAGAAAAAAAAUUUAAAUCUGGAGAAUGAAAAUAAAUUUUUAGGAAAGAAAAAUGAGAAGAUUUUAGAGGCAAACCGAUGAACCCAUUUCAUUUGUAAAUAUAAGUUAAAUACACGGUUUAAUAUUGUUUCUUUUUUCAUGAAUUCAGUAAAUAAUCAAUUUUGAAAUUAGGCUUAAAAUUGCGUUGAAUGAUAAAUGGAAUCAGGCAAUUGGUCAUUUUCGAAAAGAUGAAAAGAAAACACACAAAAAUACAAACAUUUUAGAAAGUGACGAAUUGUUUUAAAUAAAUUGUAAGAUCUGUAUUAAUAAUAAUAAUGAUAAUAAUAAUCAAAUUUUCAUUUUUCAGUGGAGUUCAUUCAAAAUAAACAAUAAAAAUAAAUGAAGAGAAAAAAAGUAACAAAUACAUCAAUCGAAACGAACGAUUUUCCACAUCAAAUCGGUCAAUUAAAAUCAUGAAGUAUUUCAUGUUGAAGACAAAAUACAUGCAUAUAUUUUCCUAUUGAAAUGUAAAAUAGAAUGUAUCACAUUCAAUAUUACAAAUUAAGACGCAACAUGAGUGAAGAUAAUCAAUAAAACACAACUGGUGACAUUUCGAUUCUGCUACAUUUGUCCGUACACAAAAACCGUUUUGAAUACAUAUCAAACAAGCUCUUCUUCACACAUAAACACAAACACUUAAAAGCGAAAAUGUUUUCAUUUGAAUUUUAACUGAACCGCAACACAUUUUACCAAAAUUAGAACAAUGACCUUGUUUCAAGCAGAUCACAGCCAAAUUACAUUUCAUUUUCAAUAACAUUAGAAGAAUGGUCCAUAUUUGUACGAAAAUUGUGUCGUACAUGCAAAACAAACCAUAAUUAAAUAAUUUUAAGGAUUGUGUAAUAUUCAGUCUAACUAAAAAAAAAUAAUAAAAAAAUACACGAACAAA